AUGGUCACUUCCUUCCCCAAGAAUGUGCCGCGUUAUGGUAUGGGGCAAACCGCCCCCAUGAUCAUUCGCAGCCCAGGAGAGGUACACGUUAAGCAUAUCAAGGACACUCAGCCGCUCGAAGAGAGGCUGGCAAAGUUCCCUGGGCCGCUGCGUGGAAAGUCAAAGAAGAAGGAAACAAUCGCUUGGUUGAGCUCAGGCAUUGACACAUUGGAAAAGGAACUACCUGAAGUUUCUUUCCAACCUCAGCUUUCUCACGAGCAUAAGCGUGCGAUUGAGCGAUUGCUGCUCUGGAAGAUUUUGAGGGUUUUUGUCGAGCAUGACGGCGUCUUGGAAGGCACCACCGCCGUGGAUAAGGCUGUGCGAGAUGUUUUGGCCCCUGGCCUCGAUGCCAACGCCAACGAGGGUACGCUUGGCUAUGGUGCUGGUCUCGGCGCCGACGCUCUCCAAGAAUCAUCUUCAACUCAGAUGAAAGCGGAGGUGGUGGACUCGUCUACCAUGGAUCAAAUCCGGAAGCAUCUCCUGGCUGGCGAUCGCGAAAAAGCGGUAUGGGAAGCAGCUGACAAGAGGCUUUGGGGCCAUGCCAUGUUGAUUUCCAACACUGUAUCCCCAGAUCUCUACAAGCAAGUGGCCCAGGAAUUCGUCAGAAAAGAGGUCAACUACCCCGGACACGCCAACGAGUCUAUUGCUGCGCUUUACAAGGUUCUCUCGGGUAACUUUGACGACUGUGUUGACGAGCUAGUUCCAGCUCACGCUCGGGCUGGAUUCCAGCUUGUCAAUACGACCUCGGCCAGCGGUUCGACCAAGGAUGCCACCGAGGGACUCGACAAGUGGCGAGAGACUUUGGGAUUAGUCCUGAGCAACCGUAGUACUGACGACAUUCGUGCCUUGAAUGCACUCGGCAACUUGUUGUCUUCCUAUGGACGAGCUGAAGCCGCACAUAUCUGCUUCUUGUUUGCCAGGAAGGCCACAGUCUUUGGAGGCCUUGAUGACCCUGCUUCGAACUUCGUCCUCGUUGGCGCUGAUCACAAGACUCAAGGAGAGCAAUUUGCCAAGGAGACGGAGGCUCUACUGCUGAGUGAGGUCUACGAGUACGGUCUGUCACUCGCGGGAGGCCCUACCUUGACUGUCGGUGUGCCGCACUUGGCUGCGUACAAGCUUCAGCACGCAAUGACUCUGGCUGAAUAUGGGCUUCGAGACAAGGCCUUGCAAUAUUGCGAGGCAAUCGCCAGCUCCAUCAACGCCCAGACCAAGAGGUCGAACUACCACCACCCGAUCCUGGAGACUGCUGUAGAGAACUUGCGAACGAGGCUCAGGCAGGCUCCCAAGGAAGAAUCAUCGUCCUGGAUUUCCAAGCCUAGCAUGAACAAGGUUUCAGAUACAGUUUGGAGCCGAUUUAAUAAGUUUGUUGCUGGCGACGAAAACGACGGCUCUGCUGCUGGCGCAUCUGGCGAGGGCGGUGCUGAAUCUGGACCAUUUGCCCGGCUGGCAGGAGGCACUCCUACCAUCAGCAGAUCACCUUCUGUAUCAAACUUCGAGCCUAUGUACGGAACUGGUGCCACCAGCCUCCCAGUCGGAUCUCCUCCUGCUGCGGUUCCCAUCCCUGCUACGAGAGCCGCCUCUCGAUACGCGCCAGGACCGUCCCAAACACCUCUAUCAAGCUCCUACGAACCCGGCGCUGGUUACACACCAGGCCCGGCUUCGGUCGGCCGCUCAUCCAACGAAUAUUCCCGCAGUCCCUAUGAGCCACGAACGUCGAUGGACUCCCAACUCGGGUACUCCAAUGGCGGAUACAUGCCUCAGAAUGCGUCAGCGCCAUCUCAAGGUUAUACUCCACCUAUGUAUGGCGGUGGCCAAGACACAGCUGCUUCCGCCCAGUUAUUGUCAGGAGCCGUUCAGAACUCUCCUAUGCAGUCGCCAACCAAGCCUGCAUACCAGGGAUAUGAGCCGUAUGGUAGCCAGGCCACCACCGUCCCGUCUGUGGAGGUUCAGAGCCAGGAGGCGGCGGAGGACAGUCAGCAGCCAGACAACAACCUGGCCAGCUCAGGCUACCAGCCGCCAUCUUACGGAUACGAGCCUCCGUCAAUGUCAAACGAUAAGCCUCAAUCACAAUCUGCAGAGCCCACUGAGGGCGGUGGGUACGAACCGCCUACGUUCCAGCCGUACGGCUACGAGCCUCCUUCGUACAAUCCUGAGCCCGAACAGGAUGAUGAGGGAGAGUCAAGGCCGAAGCCCAAGAGUUUCAUGGAUGACGACGACGACGAUGAUAUCCCCGCUCUCAAGGCACUUAAGCCCCAAGAGAAGGGGAAGUCUGAGAAGGACAAGGAGAACGAAGAAAUGUUCAAGAAGGCGGCAGAAGAAGACGCCAAGCGAGCGGCAGCACAGCAACAGUCCAAGAAGGGAUGGGGCUUCGGCAGCUGGUUCGGAGGCAAGAAGGAAGCUAGUCCGGAUCCCCAGCAGCAGGGCAACAAGCCCGUCAAGGCCAAUCUUGGUGAAUCCAGCAGCUUCGUGUACGACCCUGACCUGAAGCGCUGGGUGAACAAGAAGGGAGGGGCCGAAGCGACACAGGCAAAGACGGCAACACCACCGCCGCCAAAGGGCGCUUCAAGAUCCAACACGGGAACACCACCUCCGCCACGCACUAUGACCCCUCCCAUGGGCCGCGCAAGUGCCCCCCCUGGAGGGCCGCCUGGUCCGGCACUCGCCCACGCUGCGUCCAACGAAAGUCUGGGGGUGCCACCAGGACCACGACCGCCGAGCAUGAUGCGUUCCGUAUCGAAUAACAGUGUUGGAGGACCUCCCAGCGCUCCUCCCAGCCGACCGGCAACAAGUAUGAGCAAUGCCAGCAGCAUCGACGACUUGAUUAGCGCGGCUGGUCCCCGAAAGCCGGGUGCGAAGAAGGCGAAGAAGGGCGGGCGGUACGUGGACGUUAUGGCCAAGUAA